GUGCAGUGAGUGCCAUACAUGAUGGCGGAUGGAGCGGCGCCAAGUGGGGCCAAGGCGACGAAGAAGAAGGCAAAGAUCAAACCCCACAGCAUUUACAUUACUGAACGAGUUCGAUACUUUAAAAAGGACGUGCCAACUGUCGACACACUAGCGGAAAAGGCCAAGCUCGAGAAAAAGCUUCUGAAAGCGAGGGAGCUCGGCUUGGAUCCAAACAACACGGACGCGUGGAAGCAAGAGGCCCAGGCGUUGACUCAACUGGGACAGCUGGAGAAAUGGAAAGGCAACGAAGUCGAAGGCGACAAGUACUUGACGGAAUGUGCCAAGCUAUGUCGCAUGCACACAUUCAACAACAAAGGCUAAAACGUCCCAAU